AUGGCCGACAUCCUCGUGCCGCAGACUCCGCCUCGCAAGGUGAUCAAAGCGAAAAGGGAGGCGAACUUGACAGGGCUUUGGGAGGCCUGGGAGGAGAAUCGUCAGCUUCGCAAAUACAGCAGGAAGAAGGGCAGCCUUUUGGAUUGGGAACAUCCCUCCAAGGUUGGGCUCAUAAACCGGAGGUCUUUGAUGCUCAACUGGAAGGUGAUCUUGCCUUUGCUUGAAAUCUAUUGCCCAAAGCAUGAGCCCAAGACCGUGCCCGUGCAAAGCCUGAAGCAGCAAGUCAAACGAUUCUUCGAAGAGAUCGAGGUCGCCCCGAAGAAGGGGUUGGUUCACUGCACCAGCCACAGCUUGAAAAUGUUCGUGAGCUACAUCCUUCGCAGACAUGACGGAUCUGUGAGAAAGGACCACCGCCUCAAGGCGAUCUUCGACGAGGUGUCCAAGAGCUGGCCGGCGAAGCUACGCAGCCGCAGGACCUUGCUUGAGGCCGAGGACGAGCCGGGUGAUGAUGAGUGUGAGAAGGAAGGCCAGGAGGAGGAGGAGGAAGAGGAGCUACAGUUGACCGAGGAUGAGGUUGAGGACGAUUCGCAGGCAGCUGAGGUUGAUGAUUACCUAGCCGAGGAUAUGGGGCUUUGUCCGGGAUCCCCACAACCACCUUCGGCCUAUGUGGGUACGGUGGCUUAUGAGCUGGGUGAUGAAGGACCGGUGCCUUAUCAAGCAGGUUUGCUUGAUCGCGAUGAAGGCGAGGGCGGCACAGACACAGAUCUGGUGAGACGGUUGGCUGAGCUGGAGCAUCUUGCUUCAAACGAAGGGCAGCAAAUCGCCCAUCGACGAGCAGCUUUGUCUGGACAGAGGGCAAUCGAACGGUGGCACAGUCUGCAGCACAUGGACAGCCAGCGGACCAUCGUUUGGCCAGAGCGGCUAAAUGAUGUGCAUGAGCAGGAUCGUUUCAGUGAUCCUCCAGCUGCCUCGGAAGCUGUGGGUGAAUAUGUUCGGCAGGGUGCUGCGAGUAAUCUAUCCCUUGGGGCCCUUUCUUCAAAAGAUGUGGCUCCAGGCCAUGUACCCGUGGCCACCCCAGCAAGGGCGGCUUCGGAGCUCCCGGCAUUGUCGGAGGAUCCGGUGCAGGUCCCAACAACUGCCCCUGAAGUUUCCGAGGAUCUAGCAGACCCAACACAUCCUGCAGUUGCCGCUGAAGUUUCCAAGGAUCUAGCAGACCCAACACAGGCAGCAGUUGCCGCUGAAGUUUCCAAGGAUCUAGCAGACCCAACACAGGCAGCAGUUGCCGCUGAAGUUUCCAACGAUCUAGCAAGCCCAACACAGGCAGCAGUUGCCCCUGAAGUUUCCGAGGAUCUAGCAAGCCCAACACAGGCAGCAGUUGCCCCUGGAGUCUUGAAGGAUGCAGGCAAGGUACACCCAGGAAGUCCAUGCCCAGAGUCUGUGUCGCUGGCUAUCCGGAGUGGCUCCGAGCCAGGAUCUCCUGAUCUGUUGGCUUGCCAGGUUCAGACGAGACGGCAAGAGCAGAUGCGAGAAAGGGAGCAGGCAAAGCAGGCAGCCGAGCAGUGUGAGGAGGACGACCCCGAAGACCCCGAGCCGGUCGUGAAGAAGCGGCCUGCCGCCAAAUCGGCGGCGAAAAAAAACGGUGGCAAGAAGGGCUGGCCGAAGGGGAAAGCCAAAGCCCGGGCCAAGCCUUUGGAGAAGGGCGACGACGACGAGCCAAAGUCGAAGCCUGCCAAGACGGGUGACGACGAGGAGCCAAAGCCGAAGCCUGCCAAGAGAGCCAGGAAGGGUGACGACGAGGAGCCAAAGCCGAAGCCUGCCAAGAAGGGCAAGCCGAACGGUGACGACGAGGAGCCCAAGCCGAAGCCUGCCAAGAAGGGCAAGCCGAACGGUGACGACGAGCCAAAGACGAAGCCUGCCAAGAAGGGCAAGCCGGAUGGUGACGAUGAGCCAAAGCCGAAGCCUGCCAAGAGAGGCAAGCCGGAUGGUGACGACGAGGAGCCAAAGCCGAAGGUUGCUAAGAAGGGCAAGCGGGAUGGUGACGACGAGCCAAAGCCGAAGCCUUCUAAGAAGGGCAAGCCGGAUGGUGACGACGAGCCAGAGCCGAAGCCUGCUAAGAAGGACAGCAAGCCGAAGCCAGAUUUGAAAAAGACUUUCGCCAGAAGGUUCGAGCCGCCAAACGAGGGGGACGCCAAGUGCCUCUGGACGUCCAUCCGGGACGCCUUCAAUGCAAUCCUUCGACCACACUUCCGUUUCCCUACGAAGUUCGAGGAUCUGUUCUGGAAGCACUGCCGGCCCAUCAUCACCCAGGAGGAGCAGCCGUACUUCAGGUCGAAGGCACAGGAGGUUGCUUUCACCUGGUUGGAGAUGCAGAGAGCAAACGGUGCUGUGGAAGACUGA